CCCACUACUACAGAUCUAUUUCAAUUGCGCAUUCGCCCAGACCUGGCAUCUAUCACUGGACUGGUCCCCCAUCCCUAAGAUAUGUUGAGCACACCGGCUCCAAGGAACACAAAAUCAGAGCAACCAUACCUCGGUAAUACGAAUCAUGCAUCGUACUUACAUGCUUCAAAGGUCGCCAACGACCAGAAUCAAACGAGAUUUUGUUCAUCAGGCAGCAGCGUCACGCAAAGCUGGAAAUCCACGGAUCUAAAACCACCAUAUGCACAAGCACCUGCUUCGACACCACACGCCCCUGCACGAGUAACAGCAACAACGACCGGUGCCGCAAAUCAGAAGGUACCCCGCGCACCGGCAAGGUCAUUAUCUGUAUACAGAUCUGUAAGCAAUGGUGCUGCUUCAGUUGCUUCCAGUAAAGCUUCUGCGCCUGGCCGCACUGGGUCUUGGCAACCGCAACAGUACGAUAUCCCACGUCUGACAAAGACCCCUUGGGAGAUUGAAAGACACCGGAGAAACACAACAUGGAAGCGCGCCGGGCCUGACAAGAAGCUUCCCGCUUUCGUGUUCAAGAAUUUACCAAGAGGGGUCUUUGAUUGCAUUGUCGCGCAGUUAGAGGAGAUCCAUCUGCAAAAGCAACCAUGUGUAUCGUGCUAUCUGAAAGACCUCCAUAGUCUCUCACUCACAAGUCGUGCCUGGGAUAGAGCCGCUACCUUACAGAUGUACGGAAAAGUCUACUUAACGCGGCAUGAAAAUCACCUGCAAUCACCAAAGGUGAAGGUCGAUGGGCCUAGUAGGCUACAGCUCCUCAGAAAGACACUCCGAGAUCGUCCUCUGUUGGCGCGACUUGUCCGAGAACUGCAUCUAGCCGAACUCCAGACUUUGUAUCAGCAAGCAAGCAUUGAGCGCGAGGAAACCGUCAAUCUUGUCGCGUCCUUGGUGAUGGCUUGUCCCUCUCUAGAACGGGUCGUCGGUUUUCAUAUCCCAUAUACCCAGGCCUUCGACCGUCUUUCGUACGCACUAGCAACUAGAUCAAAGUUGCGAGAACGGGUGUGGCUGUUGUCAGAGCCAGAAGAUGACUACUCCGACGAAGAAGAUGAGAGUGAAGUCAACAAUUUCUAUGUCGCAGCUCGCGAUCCGACAGAGCACUUCCUAGACCUACAUUCUGGUCAUUCCCUGUUGACUACCCUGGUAUUGCAUCGCAAUCCAGGUGAGUUUUCCCCGUCGCUAAAUUUUCGUGCAAUCAUUGGAACUUUUCGACAGCUUCCCAUGUUACAGCAUUUAUCCAUCUCCGGUCUUUCAGCUACAUCUUUCACCAAUCUAACGCUCAAUGCUCUACCAUCAAGGCUGCGCUCUCUGCGUCUCGAGAACCUUCCUGGUAUCAACGACAAGGGGCUGCAGAAGUUUAUAAAUUCGCACCUCUCAACCUGUAUUAAAUCGUUGACACUGAUCAAUCUUGAGCUUUCAGAUUUAGUUACAGUCACAUAUAUCCUUUCUGGACACCUCAACGACCUGAAACGAUUUACGUUGGCGCAAUAUCGAACACCAGAUCUAGGACGGCGAAUCUCAUUACCCGAACUUUUGAGCCAAUCGCUCCAGUUUUUACAUGUUGAAUUUCGAUCUCAGUCCUCCCCAGCAAUCGACCCUUUCUCGACAGAGUCUCGGAAAUCCAUGCAAUUUCCCUUUAUAAAUUCCGAACCGAUUUCGUGCCUUGCUACGGCGCUGUUAGCAACAAGCAUCAGGAAAGGUGCCUUUCCAGCGCUACGAAGAGUACGUAUUCCAUACGACCCACAGGGACUGAUUCAAGCGGUCUGUAAGCCCCGCGCAACUGUACUAGUUCCUUCGGAUACUUCUUUCUUCGCACACCCACUGCAGAAAGCCGGCUCACACGGAUACACUAUCAUGGUCGAUACGCACGUUUCGAGCAUCAAGUCAUCCGAUGCUGGCGACAGUCCUUGCGUGGUCUCGCUUAGUCCUCGUGCGGAUUCUGCGAUUGAUUCGCCCAUCUCCGACAACAGCCUGAGCUCCCCUGCUCUUCAACCAUCGAAGGCUCGACUCGCAGCUCAAGCCCGCAUUAUUGCCGCUCGCAAGACCCCCCUCGUCACCUUGCGCGUUUAUGAUCCGGAGGGAGAAAUUCAUCUUGAAAGUGGUAUCGGUGGCUUCAUUGGAGACAUCAAGAGCAACAUACUAUACGAUCUGAAACCAGAUGCAAGCCGAUGGCCUGGUAGCCGCGACCAAAGUGGACCACCCCAACCGGAAUGGACAACUGGUAUUGAAGACCUUGUGGACGAGCGUACGGCUCCUAAUGAUGAGGCGCGUGAACGCUACCGGGGUGAAUGCGGACAUCGAAUUUGCGGCAGAAGAGGAUGCAACCCUGUGAAAGUCUGGGAAUUGUUCUGAGCGGCGCAAUGCAUAUACUUCAUAUGCUUCUCGUCUUCAUUGAUACCCUUUCAUUAGAGAGUAUAUGCAAGUUUUAGAUACCGCCCGAUAAUCACGACGUAAUAUAAUACGAACACCCACCUAGAUGUGCACGAUCGGCUGAAGUACGACUAUUUUAGAUCUGCUUGUCGACCGCACGAGCUGUGUGCCGGUCCCAGAUACCACUCUCGACGUCGCCUGACGCCAAAGCGGCAAG